CUUGCCUUUGUUGCAGAUUCGUCAUUCCCUAGAGCGACAAAAGACAACGGUUCAGCCGUUUUAUGGUUUCAACAUUUGGAGCUGAUUAAGCCUAUAGAUGCAGACACAUUCCAAAGAAAUACUUCUCACAUGUACGGACCAAUUGAAGUUAUUUCUGUUCGGGCGUCGGAUCCGCUGGGCCUGUACACUGAAGCGACCAUUUCAAUGACAGUAAGAGAUGUGGAUGAUAACGCAGCAGUUUGCCAACCGGAAGUUACUCUUUAUCUUCCAUCUUCUACCAAUCGUAAAGUAUACAUCGUGGGUGAUCUCAAUACGUACUGUGUAGACAGAGACUCUACACCAGCGAACAGAGUUAUUAACUUCACAGUUGUAAUGGAAAAUUGUACGAGAUAUGGUGUUGAAGCAUCAUCCCUGUUGUUUACUCAAAACAACAUCUUGUUCGCUAAUUCCACGUUACUGACUCAACAAAGACCGUGUCGGGUCAACAUAUCAGCCGGAAAUGAGUCGCACAGAACCAGUUUUCUAGUAAAUAUCAGAUUUUCAGAAUGCCCUGCAGAUACAGACUUUGCAAACACAAAAUGGCCACCAGGUCGACUUGGGUAUACAGAGAAAAUGAACUGCCCAGGACAUUAUAACGGUUCAAUUUUGCGCAACUGCAGUGCAAGUGGAGUGUAUGAAGAGCCAAAGUAUUUAUGUACAGCAGAUGACAUCGGGAUUAUAUACCAACAGAUACUAAACGGAGGAAACAUAUCGACUAUAUUGAAGAAUUUAUCUACAGCUACGUCUACAACAGAAAAGCCAACGGGACUUUCUGUUGGUGACAUUGAGACUUCCGGACAGAUAUUGGAUGGAAUUACCGAAAGAAUCAACGCCAGCGAUUCAUUAUGGUCGAAUACGACCGAUUUGUUUGUUGAAAUUGCCAGCAAUCUAAUGGACAAUAGUAAUAUCAGAUCAUGGAAAACUAUUAUUGACAAGAAUUUGCUUGGUAAUCCGACGUGUUCGUUCCUCGAUACAUCAAAAAACCAGUGGUCUACGGACGGAUGCAGGUUGAUAGAACACAUUGUAUCCGAGGGCAUGGUACACUGUCAAUGCGAUCACCUGACGAAUUUCGCUAUAUUGAUGAACCCUUCAAUCAUAUCUUCAGCACCUUCACCUGAGAUGAUUCAACAGGAGCACGCUCUUCGAGUAUUCACAAUUGUAGGCUGCUCAUUUUCGAUAGUUGGCCUUGUAUUGACCAUAAUUGUAUACGCAGUAUUCUGGCGCACCGUAAAGUCUGGACGUUCGAUUCACCUGAUUGUUCUUUGCUGUACGUUUUUAUUCACGUACAUCUUAUUUCUCACUGGGGUAGACAAAACAGGCAAUAAGGAUGUGUGCACAGCAAUUGCUGUAUUACUGCACUACUCGAUUCUGGUGGUGUUCUUCCUGAUGCUGGCAGAAGGCAUUACAAUUGCCCUCCUCGUUCUAAGCCUUUGAAAAAGCAAGAACUGUAUAUUCAGUGUAUUUUGGCGGCAUUUUUGAUUCCAUUAGUCAUUAUCGGUGUAUCGAUGGGAGCGACACAAUUAAACGGAUAUGGCAACGAAUUCUUUUGCUGGUUGGAAGUGGGAUCCGGGCUGUUCUGGAGUUAUGUGGCCGUUAUUUUAACCAUCAUCAUAGUAAAUGCUGUCCUUCUUUGCAUCGUGGUGAAGUUUGGUGUUUGUGGAAUUACAGCCAUGGCAAGGAAGUCAAAGAUCGACAAGAUAAAGU